GCGCGCUGAAACACGAGCACUUCGUCAGAAGAGAGACACUGACGCCGAGUACGUGCGCCGCAAGGACCACUUAUUCACGUUGCUCGACAACUACCACGGCGCCUCCCGCAUGAACGUGAAGACCUUCCUCGACAGGUUGCAGUCCCUGUACUUCGUGGAGUCAGAGGAGGAGUUGACGUUCGGCAGUUACUCCUCCUUGAUCUCCACGGAAGACGAGGAGACCACCGACAUCGAGUUCGACGCGACCGCGGACGAGGAGGGCAGCGACACCGAAAGCCUCGACCUGCAGUACGACCCACAUCCCGCACAGCACGCUACAGGGUCGUCCUUGGCAGCGAUCCAAACGGGUGAGUGGAUCGUGGCCGUCGCUGUCCCAGACGGAGGAUGGAUGCCCCUCCCCCGCGGGUCGAAGUCUGACUUCCUCGAGGUCGCUAGAAUUGCGGUCCUCCAGAAAGUGAGGGCCGAGAAUGAUUGUUUCGCACCCGAAGACGUGUCCGUCAUUUCCACAGUCGGGCGAUUGUUCGCCGAACUUCAGGACAAGUGCUGGUUGGAGCUGACGGAGGACUACUACGACCUCAAUACGAGCCCCUCGAAGGGAAGGGUGGACUGGAAAAUCCCCCCUCCCAGUGGGACGCAUGUAAGUGCAGGGUCCCGGGGACCGGACGGUGGGGAGAACGAGGGCGACGAGGCUGGUGGCGGCAAAGGAGUCCCGCCUGGUUCGGAGGGCGGGUCUCAGGGCGACACCACGACAGCGGAAGGCAGCGGCGGGGUGGCGAGGGAGGCCUUCGGGCGUCAGCAGUCUACCGGUCCCGGUCCAGAAGGCUCGGCGCAGUCAGCGGACGUGCCCACUUCAUCCGCCGGCUCGGUGAUGGCGGCCUUGGUUGCUCUCCGUGCCGGCUCGGUCGAAACGUUCAAGUCCGCCGAGAUCCGAACUUCAAUGCUUGCAGAGCGGACAAAGAGGACAGACGCGCAGAGCUGGUCAGGAGCGGGGGUGGCGCGUCGUGAUCCCAAAAUAGACAGCGGUGCAGUGAGGGACGGGACUGCGCCACCUGCGGGGGAUCGCCAACCGCUUCGGUCGGAGCGAGAGGGUACGUGUGGAGGGCCCGACGAUAGGGAGACGACGAAGUUCGCCGGGAUCCGAACUUCUUCAGGCAAGGGGGGCCAACCAGGGAUUGUGGUGCCGGCGGGAGGGGUUGCGUGCAGCCGGAAGGAAGGGCAUUCGUCGGAAUUCGACACAGGUUCGGGCGAAGUGGCUAGAAUGCAUGCACGGGAAGAAGGCAGGGUUAUGGACAAAGAGAAGGAAGGGGAGGAAGGAGACACAGGGGAGGAAUUGGAGGAAGGAGGGGAGGAAGGGGAGGAAGAAGAGGAUGAAGGGGAGGAAGGAGAGGAAGGGGAAGAAACGGAGUUGGUUGGGUUGCUAGGAGGGAAGGACGGGGAAAAUGGUGAGCUCGAUACUGGAGACGACAAACAAACGUUCGGCGACGACGAUGACAUAUCUGGGGAGUGGUCUGACGGAUUCGGGCAGUUGUACGGAGAACAUCGCGAGGAAGACGACGACGACGAUGACACGACACUGAAUAUGGAGACACAGGUGGUCACAAGCUUUUUGGCAGAACGUGAUGAUUAUGAGGUCGAAGCAAUGACGUCUGUCGUCAAUCUCCAACACCGGUUCAAUGAAGCUCGUGUUGCAGUCAGCCUGACUAAACCGAGUGUGCGUAUUGACAUCGAAGAAGUUAUCGACGGCAUCCUGGGUGACCACCACAUGUCCGCGCAGCCGUCCUCGACGCCUGGUGUCGACGACCCUCUCGACGUCAAACCUUCCGGGGGAACUGUCGUGGCUUUCUCGCCGACGAACUCUCCGAUGCUGCCGCCGACGAUCGUCAGUGGAGGAGAAGGGGAGAUCGAGGGACGACAAGAUGUCACAUCCCCGAAAAAAACUGUCGUCGGCACUCGAGCUCUCGACGUGCUGGCCUUGCCCGCGCCAACUUCACCGAUUAAGGAGCGAAGAGACAAACCAGCUGGUAAGCAGUGACAAAUGCCACUCUGUCUACGCGCCAGUGACCGCAGUGUCUGUCGAUGCAGGGAGUUCCUAAUGCCGGCAUGCUACAGC